UAACUAACACACACAAAAAUGUUUUGAAACGUAUUUUAUUGUUUUUAGCAUAAUUUUCAUCUACAGGUUCUACAAAAUGUUUAGAUUAAAAAACAUAUGACUGAAAACGAAUUCCGGAAGUUGCGUAGAAAUAUUCAGCAUCCUGAGUGUUUGGUUGGAGUUAAGCUUCGUCUGUAGGCUCAAGUUUCAGAGGAUCGGAUCUAAAAACUCCUCGGACGUGUAAUCUUAGGAUUUUAAAAGAAGCAACUCACCAUGACAACCCAGGCACGGCUGAUGCGGGAGCUAGGGGUGCCUGACCAAGGGGGUGGAAAGAAGCCAGGGCCCGCCGUGGCACCAAAGCCCAAGUUUCGAAGUCCUCAAAUGUCUCCACAGCCUCAGGAAUACAGGGCGCAGCAGUUUCGAACCGCAUCUUACCAAUACCAAGAUGAGUUUCCCCCGCCUCCUCCCCCUCAGACCAACUUCUCCAGUCCGCAGCCGUUCUACAGACGUUACGAAACCACACCGCAGGAUGAUUUUCCUCCCCCGCCCCCUGUCGUACAGGAUUACGGUGGAACAGAGAGCGUGAAUGACACGAAGAAACCUUACGAAGCGCAUGCAGUGCCUCAACCUGCUUCGUAUCAGCAGACGACGACAACACGUCCUACGUACACCGCAUCUAGCACAUACGCAGGAGCAGCAGGCCCAGUUUUAGAUGGCAGAAGUCCUUUCAGCUCUGGGUCUGUGUCCCCCAGUUACCCUGCUUCCUCCUACAGCUCAUAUAGGUCUACCCCCCAGAGUUACGAGGACCACUACGCUUCAGAUCCACCUCCGCCAGCGCACCCUGGUGGCAGUAAUUAUUCACAGCCGCUGAGAGCUGAACCAGCAAAGACGGGGAGCGAGGCAGAAGUUGAUGCUUUGACCAAUUUGUUAGUCAAGAGCAUGGAGGCUUCGUCAGAUCCAGAUUUUUUUGGAAUGUGUGCCAAAUGUAAGGAGAAGGUCAGUGGUGCUGAUAACGGCUGCACUGCGAUGGAGCAGGUCUUUCAUAUUGGGUGCUUCACCUGCGCCACCUGUGGAGCCAAACUUAGGGGUCAACCUUUCUAUGCAAUGGAGGCCAAGCCUUAUUGUGAAGGAUGUUACAUGAACACCUUAGAGAAAUGUUCAGUUUGUUCAAAAGCAAUUACACACAGGAUCCUCCGGGCCACAGGGAAGCCUUACCAUCCCGAGUGCUUCACGUGUGUGGUGUGCAAUAAGAGUCUGGACGGCAUUCCUUUCACUGUAGAUGCCACCAAUCAGAUACACUGUAUUGAGGACUUCCACAGAAAAUUUGCCCCUCGUUGCUGCGUGUGCCAGCAGCCUAUAAUGCCGGACAACGGCCAGGAGGAGACGGUCCGUAUUGUCGCCAUGGACAAAAGCUUUCAUGUCAACUGCUACAGAUGUGAGGACUGUGGACUGAUCCUGUCCUCGGAGGCUGAAGGACGCGGCUGUUACCCUCUGGAUGAUCACCUCCUAUGCAAGAACUGCAAUGCUCUUCAGAUACAGGCCAUGACUUCCAAGAUGACAACUGAAUUAUAACUGACCGCUGAGUUCUUAUUUGGUCUGGUCGGAUAUUGUCAUCUGCCUGGAUGGCUGUCAAGUUUGUCCUGUAUGUUAUUACCGACCACUGAGUUAUAGUUUGGUCAGAUAUUGUCAUCUGCCUGGAUGGCUGUCAAGUUUGUCCUGUAUGUUAUUACUGACCACUGAGUUAUAGUUUGGUCAGAUAUUGUCAUGUGCAUGGAUGGAUGUCCAGUUUAUCAUUACUGACCACUGACAUUUAACUUGGUCAAGUUGUCUGAGAUGUCCUGGACAUCCUGGUUGAACACUAAUUUGUCACAUGAGUUCAGCAUACUUAUUUAUAUGUAUCCUCUGCUUUUAUAGAUUUAAGCCAGUUUUUAAAAUAUUGGUCAUGACAGAUUUCCGAUGAGGUCAUAUUAAGGCACAGCUACUUCUUGUGUGAAACUGUCUGUAACCAUGAUUUAAGUCGGUAUUUAUGAAUUUUUAUUAUUUAUUUUUAACUGGUCCUUACUAGGGCAUAAUUUAGUUUUAUAUAGGAUGUGUAGAUGACCGGUGGCCAAAAUCUGUCCAUGAUCUCCGUGAUUUGAGGCCAGUUUUAUAGAUAACUGUACAUGAGAUAGAGUGGACGCAGGUCUGUUGAAGUGUGACACAUGUGUCUAUAUUUUUCAGAGAAAUGAACACUGUGAAAGGUACGUUUUUUUAAAAACUGAGGUUUCUUUUUUGUGCACUAUAGGGUGCGAAAAUGAUCGUUAUGUUCUUGUAUGGUCACAGCAAUUGCUCCAUACUGUGGAUGUUGCAUAAGUUAGUUCUAUCUGCCUGAGAUUUUUUUUCAUAACAUUCAAAUUCUUUGCUAUGAAAAACACAAAAGAAGCUUUUUAUUAUUAUUUUUUAAGGCCUUUGUCUUAACCAGGUAAGACCAAGAAAAUUUUUGAGAUUUUUAGACAGUUCUUACAAUUUACAAUUUUUAGAAGAUCUUACUCGUAGCUAAUAUUGCUCGGUGAAAUUUGAGCAUUCUUAUUGUGCAAACUAACUGUGAUGUCAAAUGGAGUAAAGGGCGGGAUUUAAAACUGUUUUAACAAAACUCUUUCUUAAAAGUAGUUAAGGCCUAUUAUUGCUGUUGAAAUAUGACAUAGUUGGCGUGUUUUCAAUCUGAUAACUAGGUUGACCUAUCUCGGUGUGAAGCUUUCUGCAGUCAGUCAAAGUACCCAUAAACUCUGACUAAGAUAUUGGUCUAAAACUAAACCUAUUUUUGGGCUUAAGUUCUUUUGUGCAAGACGUACCAGAAGUUACACAGGGAUAACUGACAACCUACUGGGCUGUCUGUAAUAAGAAUACAGAUGGUUUAUUAAAGGGAAAUGUUGUGUAUUGCCUGAAUCAUGAAAAUACUAGUUUUAGUGUAGUGAGAUGAAUGAUUAAGUAGCAUUUCAUCUUUCAAAGUAUUUAGUUAACUUGUUUUAAACUUCUGCAGAUAAAACUGAUUGCAUAUGUUCGGUGGAAACCCUUCAUAGUGAUCAGUUACAACGCUUUGAUGACAGCAAGAGAGUUAGUUUCUAUGCUCUGAAACUCAAGGGGAGGGGGGGGGGAGAAGUUGCUGUAGGAGAGGAUAUUACUAUGAUGCAGAUUUGAAAUUGUGCCAUAUUUAUUAUUAGCGAAAUAUUUAUUUGCUAAGUAUUAGUGAAGCAAGCAUUAUUAUUAGAUUGAAUGUUUGGAUAAAAUGUAGUGCUUUAGGGAUCGAUUUUUUAAAAUUGGGGGUGGGGGGAGGGGGGUAUUGCACAGGGGACAUUUCUUAUGAUAACUUCAUGAUAAAACAUAAGGUAAAAAUAUUUAUCAUUGCAAGUAUAUUAUUAGCAGAGGUGGGAGUUUUCCUUUUAUUGAAGAUGGUUUUCUCCUUUUUAUAUGGAAAAGAUUACUUUGCAAAUGUGCUGGAUUUUAUAUCAAAUAAUGUUAAACUGCAAUUAUACUUUGGAUAUUUUCAGAUUUUUCCUCUUCAGUUGAGAACAUUUCGUGAAUGUUCAGUCCUUAAAAUAACUUCAGGUUUCUGCUGCCUGAAAUUGUUGAUUUGCUUCAUUCUUGUUGUUCAUUUGAAAAAAAUGUUUUAGGAUAAGGCAUAAGGCAGAGUAUAUUCAAUAAUGUAUCAAACCCAGUGACUUAUUUUGUCUAGUCAGUAUUGUAUUGGAAAGAUAUGCAGUCUGCAUUGGCACUUAUACUGAACGAAAUUGGGAAAGAGAAUUUGUAUGAAAUAAAUGACAAAUUUAUUUAUUUAUUUAGUCAAAGGAGAAAUUGUUCAAAUUUUAGAGUGAAGGAUCACAGUUACAUAUUAUGGACAUGGUAUUGGCUUAAAUGGCAAACAAGUAGUGAAGGAGAAACCAGGGUCUAAAAAAACAUUAAAUGGGAAGGGGGGUGGGGGUGAUUAUUAGCACACAGACUCAUGUCUAUACUUAACUAAAGGAAAAUGGUUGUUAUCCGAUUAUUCAAUGAGUUUGGUAAUUUUUGAUAUUAAAAUAAAAAAAAAAGUCUAGCCUAUUUGAAAGAGUCAGUGCACAGUUUGUUUAUACCUGAUAAACCAUCAUUGUAUAUUAAACACAUUUGCAUAAAUAUGAUUAUAAUCCUUUCAAUUGAUUUAAUUUUCAAGUAUCGUGCUUUAACACAUACACACACACACCCUUAUGCAUAUAUAUAUAUAUAUAUAUAGAAGUGAAUUUUUUUCUGCUUCUCAGUUGCUCAUGUAGAAUAUAGGACUUGCCAAACUAAUUUGCUUGAUGGCUCCUAGUUUACUCUAGGCUUGUGAUGGGUGCAGAUAAAUUCUAUGCCAUAUGUACAAUGAAUUAGGUAGCUAUAAAAUUUGUAAUGAAAUAUGUACCAGUAAAGCUCCUGGAUAGUGAAAAGCAACCCUACCUCUUACAGAAACAGUAGUAAGGUAAAAGUGUAUUAGGCAGGAACUACAUUAUGCAAUCUUUUUUAGCCUAGUAUGGGAAAAUAAUAUAGAAAUAUCAAUAGAGAUUUUGCAGGAUUGGGAAAAGUGGGGUCAGAAAUAAUGGCAGACAGAAUUUAUCCAUGGAUAAUAUUUUUGUUAUUUUCAUUUCUAUUAAGUUCUGCCAGAGGGCAGUCUGUUGCACAACAGUGAUUUUACCAUGUUUGCAGGAUUUUUAGGUGUAUUUGACACUGAAAUGUCAAUGAAGAAAGUUCAGUCAAAAUGGAAUCCUUUUCCAUAUAAUCUGGGAUUCACGGCAGCUUUGUAUAGUCAUGGCUUGCAUUACUGUCAUAUUAUAGCAAUAAGGUGUGGUCACAUUUAGACAAUAUUUUCCACAAUUUUAUUUAGAUAUCCUAUCACAGUAUGUACAUAAGACACAUUUAUAUCUUACAUAAGGGCACACAAUGCUUUACUGGACUACAGCUAGAAUUUAUUGGGUUAAGUUGGUGUUUUGUAUGAAGACUAAAAAUGUCAGUUCGGUGAAAGACUCAUUAUGUUAUUCUUUGGAUAAUUUGAAGCCGCUGGCUGCAAUUUUACAUGUUAGCGCGAGAGCAGUAUUGUGUCCCCCAACUGCUGAGCAGUUGAUCUCCUUAGAAUGGUUUAGUUAUGCAGUGCUGCCCCCAGUGGUGAUUUUUUCAGUCACACCAAACACUGUCAUUCAUUGCACAGUGCUGCCUGUAGUGGUAAUCAUCAAAGUCACAGUCAACAGAUUUGCACGUCUUUUGUAUUUUUCAUUACUGGGAGGUAGUCUGCAUUUGUUGUAUUCAUAUACAUUUAUAUGUAUUUAAAUCAUUAUAUAUGAAGCUAUCAGGUGCUACUUUCAGAGCUUCAGCAGGUGUUGACAACUUAGCUAAAUUAAAUAUAAUAGAUCUACAGACAGAAGAUGAAGACAUAUACAGAGCAACUGCUUUAAUAUAUUCAAAUGUAAGGAGAACUAAUUACAGCGUCAGAUUUUCACAUCUCUUAAAAAACAAAUUAUUUUCUUUAUGAAAGGGGCAACAACAGCUUCAGAGUUAAACAUCUUGGAAAAAUAUGGAUAGCUUUAGCUGUGGUACCCAAUCACCUUUAGUUAAUAAAAUUAUUGUGAGAAUCUAGUAUAAAAAAAUCACAUUUAUUUAUUUUGUUCACUGCUUUUUUUUAUCAAGCUUUGUUGUCAACUCUGGAAGACUUCUGCUUUCAUAAUUAUGCCAUGGUGUUUGUAAGGUGAACUUCAUAAUAAAGUGUUAUUUUAUCUGAA